CCAUUCGCGAGGUUCCUGACGCUGAGGACAAGGUUCCUGACGCUGAGGACAAGGUUCCUGACGCUGAGGACAAGGUUCCUGGCGCUGAGGACAAAGUUCCUGGCGCUGAGGACAAGGUUCCUGGCAGUGAGGACAAGGUUCCUGGCGGUGAGGACAAGGUUCCUGGCGGUGAGGACAAGGAUCCUGGCGGUGAGGACAAGGAUCCUGGCGGUGAGAACAAGGAUCCUGGCGCUGAGAACAAGGAUCCUGGCGCUGAGAACAAGGUUCCUGACGCUGAGGACAAGGUUCCUGACGCUGAGGACAAG